AUGAUGACGUCAGACGCCAUGACGUCACACCGCAACUCGAUGACGUCAGGCCGCAAAACCGUAUCGCCGGGGCAUAAACCCGUGGUAGCAUGGCGCGGGGAAGCGGAGCCGGCAGGGGCGCGCGGCGACGAUAGCGCGAUGGCGAUGGGGGAUGAUUGCUUUUUAAAGCCGUAUUACCCUCCUCCCGGCACUCGCCCCUCUCGCAUCCCCAAUGGCGACUCUCGUACCGGCCAAAGCGAUAGCGCCGCCUUCUCUCGCAGUCGCUCCAGCUCCCCCUCCCCUUCGCACUCCGAACCCUCCUCCGCCCAUGCCUCGCCCGCCCCCGCGCGCCCGCCGUCCGCCCACAGGAGCGCGACGGCUGCCCCGCCGCGGCCCGUCUCGCCUCUGCCCCCGCAUGCUGUGCGGCGCAGACCCGGCGCAGAGGGGCGCGCGGAUGGGCGCGCGGGGGUAGGGGCGGAGCUGCGGGAGGGCAGUCCGAGGCGGGAAGUCGCGCAGAUGGGCGCCCUCGCGCCUGUCGUGCGCGAUGGAGCCGGCGGAGGCGGGGAAAAGGGGGGGGCGGAGAUGGUAAGGGCAGGGGGAGAGGGCGCGAGGGAGGGGGGCGUGGCGCGCGGCAGCAGCAGGCCCCGGCGCGUGAGAGCGGCCAGCAGUGGCGACGCCGUCAACGCGGGCGCAGCCAGCGCGGGCGCGGUGUCGGAACCAAACACAGCAACAGCGGAAGCGACACACACAGCUGACGCGCAAACAGCAGCAGCGCUGACGCGGAGAUUCCCCACGGCCCCUCCCGCAGUCGGUUCCGCCAAGCCGGGUGCGCUAGUGAGCGGCGGCGGCGAGGGGGGCGCGAGUGCACCUGCGCCUGGGGGGGCGUGGCCGGGCGAAAUGUGGCAGGGCGGGGAUGAGGCGGCUGGGGUGGGGCAGGCGGGCGCGCACAUGGGCGCGGGAGUGGGAGGGGGUAGGGGAGCGCAGAGGCCUGUGACUGCCGGCGGCAGGCUGGCAGUGGCGGGCGCGAGCAGCGGAGGCGGUGAGGGCAGCGAGGCAGCGGGCGGCGGGGCGGGGCUAGGCGAUGGGGGGAGCUGGAAGGUGCGCCAGACACACGCGCAUCAAGGGGUGGGGCAGCAGGGGAUGGGGCAUCAGGGGGUGGGGCAGCAGGGGUUGGGGCAGCAGGGGGUGGGGCAGCAGGGGUUGGGGCAGCAGGGGGUGGGGCAGCAGGGGGUGGGGCAGCAGGGGUUGGGGCAGCAGGGGGUGGGGCAGCAGGGGUUGGGGCAGCAGGGGGUGGGGCAGCAGGGGUUGGGGCAGCAGGGGGUGGGGCAGCAGGGGUUGGGGCAGCAGGGGUUGGGGCAGCUGCAGGGCAGUGCAGGAGGGAAGAGUGUGGCGGGGCAAGAGCGGCAGAGGGGGGAGGGGCGGCAUGUUCGGCAGGCGAGUCUGCAAGUGGAGGCAGUGCAGCGCCUGCAUGGCAGCAAGGGCUCCGCCUCUCCCCCCCAUGCUGCCGCCAUGCCCCUGCCCCGCCGCCCCCACACCGCCCUCGCCCGCUCCCCCUCGCCCUCCCCCUUUCCUCCGCCCUCCACUGCUACGCCGCCUGACGCGCGUUCCUCCUCGUCCCGCUCCGCCACCUCCUCCCCUUCCCCCCCUGCCCGCCCCCAGCCCCCUCCACCCCAAGGGGACCGCCCUUCCCGCGGCCUCUCUCAGUCCCCCCCGCGUGCUGCGCCCCCCCCGCCCCUGCACGCGGCAGCAAGUGCGGAAGCAGGGGAGGGCAGCGAGAGCGAGACUGUGGGGUCCGCCAGAGCGGGGGAGAGGGGCGAAAGCAGUGUACGGGCAAGCAAGGCGAGUGUGGCGGGGCGGCGGAAAGGAGUGAUGGGCGUGGAGCGAGGGAGCAUGGGAAUGGAACGAGUGCCAAUGGGAGUGGAGAGAAUUGUUUUGCGCGCUGAGGCAGGGGGGGCGAUGGCGGGAGCAGAUGGAGGGGCGGCUGGUCAACGAGGCAUGCCUGACGUGGCGCACAGUUCCCUGCGCCAGAAGCCGCUGCAUGGUCCAGUCAGCGCUGACGUGGCAGCAGCAGGGGCAGCAGGUGCGAGCUCCCCUUGGGAGUCAGGAAAACGUGGCGACAGUGAGAGAUUGGGUACAGGGAAUGGAGAGGGAGGAGUUACUGCGGAGGGCAGGAGAGUCCGUGCAGGUGGGCAGAGCAGCAAAGGCAGCAGCAGCAGCAGUGAUCUCGUGGCUCGAGCAGGCGGCAACGGACGGCUGCGAUCGAGUGUGAGCUUCGGGCAGGCCAGUGCGUGCGAUCUGCGCUCCGCCGCUGCUGCCACGACUGCUGCCAGUGGCACCAGCACUGGCAGUAGCACCGGCAGCACGGAGGGCAGCGGCGGGCGAUGCGGGGAAGGGGAGGGGGCGGACGGUGCAGGGCGCAGGGCAGACAUGGGGGAGGGAAGCAUGGCGGGCGGGGCGGAGGGCUAUGCAAGGGGAGGGGCGGGGCGGCGGUUGACCCGCGCACUGAGCGCCAUGGAGGGGCGCGGGCAUGCGCCUUGGGGGCGCGGGGCAGGGGCGGGGGGAGGCGGUGGAGGGGUUGGUGGUAGUGCGGAAGAGGGCUCUAAGGGACUGAGUGAAGGGGAGAACGCAAGUGGUGGGGUGGGGAGGCGUGAGGGGGAGAGAGGGCGUGCAGAGCAGGUCGGGGUAAAGGAAGGCACAGAGGUGGAGGGGAUGGGAGGGGUGGGUGCAGGUGGCAUAAGCAGGGUUGAUGGCAGGGGAAGGCAGGGGCGAGAAGGAGCAGUGGUGGCCGCAGGUGGGGAAGGGGGAGUAGCAGCAGGGGUGGUGAGAGAGGAGACACAAGCAGGUGCCUCUGUAGCUGUUGCCUUCGCCCCUUCCCCUGGUAGUGAGUCGGGGAGGGGAAGGGGCGUUCAGAUGGGUGGAGAGAGGUGGACAGCGGCACAGAGGGCUGCAGCUAGGGACAUGAAGUGGGAGAGGGAGCGGGAGAGGGACAGCGGCAGGGGCAGAGCAACGCGCGGGAGAGAGAGAAACCGGUCGAAUCCUGCCACUCCCACGGGCACCUCUCGCACGCCGCGAGGGGCCGUGGAGGGUGGGGGGACGCCAAGGGGUGUGGCGGAGGGAGGAGGCGGUGCUGUGGGUGAAGGGGCGGAGGGAGGGGGCGGGUCAGGGGAAGAGAAAGCGAGCCGUGCACGUGCAAGGCGGGGCAGGAAGGGUGCGGGCGAGGGGGGGUUGAGGCGAGGGGAGGCUGGUGAUGAGGGCGAGAGGAGUGGCGUGGCGAGUGAUGGCGCGGUGGAGGGGGCGAGUGUGAGGCAGCAGAGGGGCUUAGAGGACGGGCGGAGAGGGAGAGAGGGAGAUCGAAGGGGCGGGGAGAGCAGUGCAAGUGGUGAGGUUGGGAGGGAGAGGGAGGGGAGAGAAGCGGCAGAAGUAGGGGUGGUGGGGCUAGAGGGGGGAGGGUCAGGGGGCAUGGCGGGAUUGGCCUCAUCUGGCAAGGGGCCGUCACAACGACGGAUGCAGCAGCACGCGCAGCAGACAGAGCAACUGCAACAGCAGCCGCCGCCGCCGCCGCAGCAGCAGCAGCAGCAGCAGCAGCAGCAGCAGCAGAGGGAGAGGGAAGGGCAGGGGUGGCAGCAUGGCAAGGCAGUGCAGGGGGAGGCAGAGACUGGGGGCGGUGGGAGAGGGGGCAGCACACAGGUGGGCGAGGUGGAGGUGAGUGCCGUGGGUGGGGCAGGCGGGGUGGGUGGGGCAGGCGGGGUGGGUGGGGCAGGCGGGGUGGGUGGGGCAGGCGGGGUGGGUGGGGCAGGCGGGGUGGGUGGGGCAGGCGGGGUGGGUGGGGCAGGCGGGGUGGGUGGGGCAGGCGGGGUGGGUGGGGCAGGCGGGGUGGGUGGGGCAGGCGGGGUGGGUGGGGCAGGCGGGGUGAGAGGGCGGCGAGGGGAGGUGGUGACAAGCCGGCCGUGGCACGCGCGUGUGGGGGAGGGGAGGGGUGGGCGCGCAUGGGACGAGUCAGCAGCCAUCGGGGCGCCUGUCACGCUGCUUGCUACGGUGGGCAGCGGCACCAGGGCAGAAGUGACAGCACGGGCAGUGGCAUUCACUGGGGUUGCUGCUGGGGUAGGUGGAGGCGGGGGUGCCUACAGUGCGCCCGCGCACCCACCAGCCAUGCACCCACCAGCCAUGCACCCACCAGCCAUGCACCCACCAGCCAUGCACCCACCAGCCAUGCACCCACCAGCCAUGCACCCACCAGCCAUGCACCCACCAGCCAUGCACCCACCAGCCAUGCGCCCCACGCAUCCCAGCCAUCUUGGGUCUGCUACUGACCCCGCAUCAGCCGCCAUGUUCGUCGGUAUGGGCCUCCCCGCUGCGGGUGGCGCUGAUACCUCUGAGCGCCUGUUGCGCCUCACAGCGCGGUGGAGCGAGGUGCAAAACGGUGGCGGCGUGGGGCGGCCGGGUGCAGGUGUGCACACGGACACGCCAAGGCUGGGCAGCGGCGUGGGGGGGUCCAUGGACCUGCGGCGAGCAGCCUUCAGUGCGAGCAUGGGCGCAGGCAUGGGCAUGGGCAUGGGCAUGGGCAUGGGCGCAGGCAUGGGCGCAGGAGGAGGGAAGGUGGGGGGUUCCAUCCCAGCGUGUUCAAGUGCAGAGGCGGAUGUGCCAGCCUGGACAGCUCCCCAGGGGGGCAGAGGGGGCGCACAAGCAGGUGGAGCUGCAGCAGCAGAUGCGGGUGCAGCAGCAGGGGGGGGCGCAGCAGGGGCGAGUGGCAGUGCAGGUGCAAGAGGUGGUGGGGCGGGCAGGCGGGCCGGAGGAGGCAGUGUGAGCGGCCGGUCUGAGCUGGGUGGUGACACGGGGCUCUCCCGUGCUGGCUCGGGUGUCGCGAAACCAACAGCAUCUGCUGCUGCUGCUGCACUGCGGCGCCAUGGCAGCAUGUCUCUGCACCAGCAGCUGGUGGCUCCUCUUGUGGGCACUGCGAGCAGCAGCAGCAGCAGGGGCUUUCAUCGAGCCGCCACUCUCAACGCGCGCUCCCUGGGCCUCUCCCUCAACGCGCCUGCCAUGCCUGCCCUCUCUGCCCUGCCUGCGCCUCACAUGCCUGCGGCGCCCGCCCUCCCUGCCGCAGCUGCUGCUGUGCCAGGCACUGGUAGUACUCGGCAUGAGCUCGCCCGCAGUGCCAGCAGCAGCGCUGCUCGGCUUAGGGGCGCGGCGGUAGGGGGAGGGAUGGCGAGUGACAACUUCCGCUCCUCUGCCCGCCCGUUGGGCAAGGCCUUGGGCGGGCAUGGAGGCAUGGUGCCUGAUGGGGGCAUGGCCGUGGAUGGAGUGAGCGCAGGGGGCAACAGGGCAGGGAGGCUCUCCUCCACUGCCAGCUCUCUGGACCUCGCCGUGCCCUCUGCUGCUGCUCAUGCUCAUGCUGCCACAGGCUCUGGUGCUCGCUCGGCUGGUACUGCUGGCAUGGGCACGGUGGGUUGGAGGGGGGAUGGGCGGAGGCGAGGGGGCAAUGAGGGCAGUGGGGAGGAGCGGCGGGAGGAGGAUGAGAAGGCGGGGAAAGAGGACGCGGUGACGCCUUCGAAGGCGAGCCGCGAGGACAGUGUGACGCCCAGCCGGCUGUCACGCGCUCGCAGGGCUGUUCUGAGUGCCGCUGGUAAGGAGCGCCGACGCGCUGCUGGGAAGAGCGGUGGGGAAGAAGAGGAGGGGGAGGAGGAGGAAGACGAGGAGGAAGAAGAGGAGGACGAGGAGGAGGGAGAGGAGGAAGAGGAGGGAGGGGAUGUGGGAGGGGAGGAGGGAGUGACAGACGCUGAGAGCGAGGAGGAUUCGAGCAUUCCCGUGGCGGCACAGGCAGUGAGUGCACAUCAUGGCAGCGCGGAGCAGGCAGGAGCAGAGCAGGGGGGAGCAGAGCAGGGGGGAGCAGCAGCAGGCGGCAAGGGGAAGGCAGGGCUGCUGAGCAAGGCAGCCAAGGGCAUGCGCGGGCUGGGCGACCGCAUCACGCGGGCGCGGCUGAGGCUGCUGCAGGGCGGGCAGGCGGACGUGCUGGGGCGGGGGUUCUCGGACGUGCGCGUGGAGUAUGAUGUGGACGGGGGCGAGCAGGUGGGCAGCGGGCAGUUCGGGGUCAUCCGCGUGGUGAAGCACCGGGCGAGUGGGGAGCGCCUGGCGUGCAAGUCCAUCAGCAAGACGUGCCUCAAGUCGAGGGCGGAUGCGGCGGACAUAAGGAGGGAGGUGGCCAUUCUGGAGCAGCUAAAGGACCACCCCAACGUUGCCCGCCUCGCUGCUGCCUUUGAAGACCCCAAGGAGGUGCAUCUGGUGAUGGAGCUGUGUGAGGGCGGGGAGCUCUUCGACCGCCUCAAGGCGAAGCGAGUGUACGAGGAGGGGGAGGCAGCAGCGGUGCUGCGCACGCUGGUGGACGUGCUAAGGCACUGCCACGCCAUGGGGGUGGUGCACCGCGACGUCAAGCCCGAGAACAUCCUGCUCGUCUCCAAGCACAGCGACACCGAUGUCAAAGUCAUCGACUUCGGCAUCGCCGCCUUCUACAAGCCUUCGCGGCCGCUGACGGAGUUUGUGGGGUCGCACUACUACAUGGCGCCAGAGGUCAUCGAGGGCAGCUACGGGCCACCAGCCGACGUGUGGAGCGCAGGAGUGGUGCUGUACGUGCUGCUGUCGGGGGUGCCGCCGUUCUGGGCGCGCUCGGAGGACGGCAUCAUGCAGGCCAUCCUUGACUGCCGCCUGCGCUUCAAGCCCGAGGUUUGGGGCAAGCGCUCUCAGCUCGUGCAGGACCUCAUCCGCCGCAUGCUCACACGGGAUCCCGACCUCCGCAUCACCCCAGCUGGCGUUCUCGCUCAUCCGUGGAUGGCAUCGGUAGCAGAUGAGACGCAGCUGCACCCUGCUGGUGAUAUUGCUAAGGCAGGAGCAACGGUUCAGGGCUGGAUCUCUCGCCUGGUGAAGAAGCCAGACAUUUCUUCUUCACCAGGCGAAGAUCAGACCAGCAACGAUCAGGUGGCUAAAACCAUCAAGGACCUCCAGGCAAUCAAUAUUCUUGGAGAUGCGUAUUCAAGUGGACCCUGGAGAUGUCUCGACGAUUUCAUCCAGAGGAAGGAGGUUGCAAAAGGACGAGGCUGCAUAAUAGUUUCUGCCAUUGCUACCAACGUUUACCAACGAGUUGCUAUUAAGGCCUACGAAAGAAGCCAGAUCAACGAGGGUACAAUUGUUCACAUCCGAAGGGAGGCAUCUCUUAUCAAGGGAUUGAGGCAUGAGGCGAUCUGCCAGCUUUAUGGAUCUUUUGAAGAUUCGAAGUAUGUGUACAUUGUGAUGGAGCUGUGCUCCCAAGGGGAUUUGAUGGAGUUUUUAAAUGGUCCACGGGGAGUUCAGCUGUUCUUGACUGGAAACUUCUUGCAGGUCUUGCUCCCUCUGUUACAAGCGCUUCAGCUUCUUCAUGGAAAAGGAAUCGUUCACCGAGACAUAAAGCCAGAGAAUCUUUUCAUGUCCAAGAGUAUUGCGAAGCUUGGGGACUUUGGGCUUGCGAUCAACCAACGACUGGAGCCACCGAUGUCGCAGCUAGGUACUCUGGAUUAUAUGGCCCCAGAAGUCUUCAGAAGGCCGGGGGAAACUAGUGGAAGGAGGCAAGCACUUUACGACGAGAAGGUUGACAUAUGGGCAUGUGGCGUACUGGCGUAUGAAGUCGUAACUGGAGAGCCACCCUUCAAUGCUGGCAAGAAUGGAAGCCUUACCAAGGAUUUGAUUCAGAGAGCUGCUGUUCCAAUUGCUGGAGUCUGGCCUCAUCGUGUUUCACCAGAGCUUGCGGAUUUCAUCAAGCAGACUCUUCAGAAGGACCCUCGUCAUCGACCAUCAGCUGAGGAUCUUCUGUCUCACCCUUGGAUCUUGAAGCACCUUCCCACGUCCACCGAAGCUGUUAGUCCUCCUAUGUCGAUCUCCGCUAACACGUCAACCAAGCAUCCAGUUCACCAUCCAUCGCAUGUGCCAGCAGUACCAGCGAAGAACAUGCUCGCGAAGAGCUGCCCAGAUUCUGUCUACUACAGUAAGGCGCCUCAAAAGCAAGCUCCCGCAGUUGGGAUCGCGACCGGUGUGCAAGCAGGUUGUGUUGCUGGGUCUGUCAGCAAUCAGUCCAAGGCACUUCCGAGCGUGGUUGAAGAAGGGGAUGGGUGCCAAGAGUGUGACGAUUCUACGAUACGUGAUGGCCUGACUCCCGUUCCAGAACAUCAGCCUCUCCAUUCCCUGCCAAAGCUGGAGAAAGACGGGUCAUUCGAAAGGAUGCUUCAUGCCAGCGGUAUCAAGGCCAAGACGGGGUCUCUGUUCUCAAGUGAGAUGAUGGAGCAUGCCAAGCCAUACCAGGUGGGAACAGGCCUACUCAGCGAUGGUGAUAUGAAAGCUGAAUGGUGCUCCCUCUUGCCAUCUUCAAUGCGCUGA